UCUGGUUGCCAGGUUAGUGUUUUGUCGGGGUGUGGGUGUGCCGCUUAGCAGAGGCGUUUUGGCUGGACCAUGUCGGCCUUCGAGAAGCCUCAGAUCAUCACUCACAUCCAGAAAGGCCUCAACUAUACGGUGUUUGACUGUAAGUGGGUGCCCUGCAGCGCCAAAUUUGUGACCAUGGGCAACUUCGCACGGGGCACCGGCGUCAUUCAGCUGUACGAGAUCCAGCAUGGGGACGUAAAGCUGCUUCGGGAGAUUGAAAAGGCCAAACCCAUUAAAUGUGGAACAUUUGGGGCAACAUCUUUACAGCAGAGGUAUUUAGCUACUGGAGAUUUUGCUGGAAACCUUCAUAUAUGGAAUUUGGAAGCUCCGGAGACCCCAGUAUAUUCUGUAAAGGGCCAUAAGGAAAUUAUAAAUACUAUAGACGGUGUAGGUGGGCUCGGAAUCGGGGAAGGAGCACCUGAAAUUGUGACUGGCAGCCGAGACGGAACUGUGAAGGUGUGGGACCCAAGGCAAAAAGAUGAUCCUGUUGCUAAUAUGGAACCUGUACAAGGAGAAAACAAGAGAGACUGUUGGACUGUGGCAUUUGGCAAUGCUUACAAUCAAGAGGAACGUGUUGUUUGUGCUGGCUAUGACAACGGAGAUAUCAAACUGUUUGAUCUCAGAAAUAUGUCAUUGCGGUGGGAGACAAACAUAAAAAAUGGGGUAUGUAGCUUGGAGUUUGACAGAAAAGACAUAAGUAUGAAUAAAUUAGUAGCUACGUCCCUGGAAGGAAAGUUUCAUGUUUUUGACAUGAGAACACAGCAUCCAACCAAAGGUUUUGCCUCUGUUUCGGAAAAGGCUCAUAAAUCUACCGUGUGGCAGGUCCGACACCUGCCACAGAACAGAGAGCUCUUCCUGACAGCUGGCGGCGCUGGCGGCCUCCACCUCUGGAAGUACGAAUACCCUAUCCAGCGGUCAAAGAAAGAUUCCGAGGGAGUGGAGAUGGGGGUCGCGGGCUCGGUCAGCCUCCUGCAGAACGUGACGUUGUCUACUCAGCCCGUUUCCAGUUUGGACUGGAGUCCAGAUAAAAGGGGUCUCUGCAUCUGUAGUUCAUUUGAUCAAAUGGUAAGAGUACUGAUUGUUACAAAACUCCAUAAAAUUUGAUCUGAAGAUUUGGGACUUGCAACCUUCCAGAGGAGCACUCAUGGGACUUAGAGUGUGCUCUGGGAUCCUCUGAGCCUCAGUGAACGAAGCUGGAUUUGGCUGAUGAAAAAAGGACCCAGAGGCAAACCUCCAGCUGGCCUGUCUGUGGCUGUGAUACGCUGAGCGGGGUGUCCGGGCGACGUGGCUGGACGCUGGUUUGCUCCUGCGUGUGGGGCCACCACUGUCUCUGGCUCCCGCUCUGUUCUUUUCCUGGCCACUUCUAAUAAAAAGUUGAUACUUGCCUAUAUUUAAACAUAUUUUAAGUUUAUUCGGCAUCCCCAGAGUUCCAUUUUUAUCAUAACACUUGUGUUGCGUUUUAGGGUUUACACUGUUGUGGUAGGAUCACUUAAUUUGGUUUAAAAUAGUUUGCUUUGAUGAAACUACUAUGAAUUAACCUUCAUAAAUACACUCUAAGAGAUUUCAGUGUCAGUUUCUAUACAGAAUAUUACUUUAUAAAAUACCCAAAUGACUCAGACUAGAUUUGAGUAACUGUUUUCAGCAGUGUAACUCACAAAAUGAAAUACAGACCUCUUUUUUACUUAAAAAACAGGAGUUGAUUUAGUGAGACUUUUGGUUGUUGACAGGGGUUAGUGAUGUUGAGAUGUACAAGAUGGUGGGGGUUUUGUAGCCUUGUUUUUUGUCAAACUUUUUAAUAUAUUUUAUGAAUAAAUUUCUGGUUUUGAAUUCUA